AUGGUGUCCGAGCUGCAGGCCACGAACUCGGUGGAGAAGCAGAAGCUGGAGUCAGCCAGUUCUGCUGCGGCCGCAGAGGCAGAGCAGCUGAGACAGCAGGUGUCUGAGCUGCAGGCCAAGCUCUCCGCAGAGGAGCAGCAGCAACAGUCGGCUGGCUCUGCUGCAGCUGCGGAGGUGGAUCAGUUGAGGCAGCAAGUGUCGGAGCUGACGGCCAGGCUUUCAGUGGAGGUGCAGCAGCGCGAGUGCGUCAGUUCUGCCGCGGCCGCAGAAGCAGAGCAGUUGAGGCAGCAGGUGUCCGAGCUGCAGACCAGGCUCUCCGCGGAGGAGCUGCAGCGGGAUUCGGCGGGCUCUGCAGCGGCCGAGCAGGUUCGUUUUGUUGUUCGAUGUAAUCGCUUCGCUCGUUUUCGCCAGCGUUUGCUUGUGAUUGCAUAG